AUGAAUCCUGAAGUUUAUCCAAUUGAUCUAACGGUAGAUCGAAAAGUCGUAUCAGAUAUUUUACAUGGUAAUAUUCUUGAUUCCGGGAUCCUACAUACCAUACUGUUUUAUCGCGUAUUUGGGAAUAUUAAACCAAAGGAAGUGGAUUUGUUAGACAUCACAUAUUCUGCUAUAGAUGAUCCAGAAAUUGAAAAGGUAGUUGACGAUAGAGUAGAUCAGUUCAUGCGCAUCUUAGAAACUCAAGGAAAUCAAAAAGGACAGAUUGCCGUAAUAUUUCACGAAAAAAGAACAAAAAAAGCUUGGUUUAGUAAAUCCGAAGAAGAAAUUUGUUGGGAACAAUGGCCUGUCACUAUAAACACGGUUAUAUGUCGGACCGAAAAUGAAACAAAGAGAAUUCGUAAAGAUAUGGAUGAUCAAUUAGCUACGUGUUUAUUGGACAUUAUACGAUUCGUUAAUGAUAAAAAGGAUCACAUACCUCCCAUAACAACCUCUGACAUCAAUCCAUUUCCCUUUCAAAUUGUUAUCCCCGAUACCACAGAUACUUGGGGUACGGUAUUAAAAAGAAUGUUAACAGACCCAUCACAGCAAGUUUAA